CUCUCUCUCUCUCUCUCUCUCUUGGUUCUUUGAUUCCCCCGAUCUUGGAAACCCUGAAAUCGCACCAUUUCCCCGAUCUUGGAAACCCUAAAGUCAUGGAUUCUCUCUUUGUUGCGAGUCUGAGUCUCUUGAUCUUGGCGUCAUCCAUGUACCUGCAAGCUAGGGGAGAGAGCAGGGGAUCGGUCGUAUUCUUGGAUGGUUCUCCCCACAGAUACAUCAGGAAUCACGCGCAGGAUAGCUCAGGGAAGGUGAACUCAAUGUCUUCGAAUGAAAUUGCUGCAACAAUAUCAGUUCUACUUGGUUUUGCACCAUCUUUAUCACUUUCCGUUGAUUCUUCAUACAAGUUAAACGAGGUUCUAUUUCCCAAUCCUUUUGACAGACCUAAUGCUAUUUUCUUGCUGGAAGUUAGUGGAGUUGAGGAACCAGUUCUCUCAUCUGAGUACUUAAGUAGCCAAACUGCUAAUGUUUUCAGAAGUAGGAUUUCUGGAUCGAGCAAUACCAAACUAGAACUUCCAGGUGAAGAUGAAGUUUCUGUUGUUUCUUUGGACAAUUCUUUGGAUCUUGAAUGCAAUGCCGCUUGCCUUGAUAAGGAACUCAGUGAUCUUGCAAAAUGGAUGGGGGGAUCAUAUGUUGGCACCAUAGAGUCACUAGAUGGGAAGUUGACUGUUCCUUUAGCGAGUGGUAGCACUUUGAGUUUGCAUCUUGCAAAGAAAGCAGACCUUCAAUUUGCAUCUAUUCUUGUUUCUUUGGUUAGAAAUGUUAAAAUGGCAGUGGAGAUUCACAAAGAUUUAUCGGAAAGCAGCUUUAUGCCUUCAGAAAUUAUGACAGGCCGUUUCACAGGCAUUGAGGCUCUUAGAGCCGAAUAUGGUUCAGGGGACACUGCUCGACAGGGGGUGGAACUGCUUCAGACAACACUUCUAAAGUUGUCUGAUAUGUUACAAGUGUCUUACAAAGGGAAGCUUGUUGGAGUUGUCAUAUUAAACAAUGAGUCUUCACCAGAGUCGGGAAUGUUGUUGGAUGUAACUUCUACAGCAAGAUUUUCCAGAUUGUUGGAAGAAGAAAGCUCUAGUACGACUGAAUCAGAGGUGCUGCUCGUCAGACGGAGUUUGGCUUGGAUAACGGGAGUUAUCCUUCUUCUAUCAACUCUCAUUGGGGUCUACUUAUUACUCAACAUGCCGCUGACAAGGGACACCCUUCUUUAUUCCAAUGUCAAGCUAGAUUGACUUAAAGGUAUAAACACAAGUCUUUCCUGAAGUACCCAGUAGAGGCUUUUCAACUACAUCAUCAGACAAGUUUUUCCUGGUCAUGCUCUUAGCAACAGCAAAUGGAUAAUUAUUUCCUGGUUCUAUAUACGUACUCUUAUCUGACUGAUAAAUGUACUAUUCACUUGAUGGGUCUGACGCAGAGCCAAUGCUUGGAGUUGUAUUAAUAAUAAUAAUAAUAAUAAUAAUAAUAAUAAUGCUGGUUUUGGACAGCAUUAUCAGAUGAAAAUUUUUCACAGCCAUGCUUGUAGCAGCGGCCAAAUUGAUAACCAUUUCUUGGUUGUAUAUGCCACUUAUAUGAAAAUGCUGCAACUUUAUUGUAAUGUACAAAGUUUACUUUUACGAAUUACUGGCUAUAACUUUUAUCA